ACUAUUUAGUAUAUUUUUGUUCAUAUUGCUUUUGAUUUAGUGAACAAAAAGAAUUGAGUUGUGGGGUUCCCUUUUAUUAGAUGUUAAAUUUGGUUACUCGUAAUUGUUGAUCAAAUAAUUUGUAGUAGUAUCUUCAAAAGAUUUUACCCAGAACCUCAGCUUCUGCAUGUCUUAAAGGAAUAAGCAAAGUUGCAAUACUUAAGUUGCUUAAUUUUCCUAGCCUGAUUUCCUUCAGUCACUAGUAGAGCUGUCUAGGCAAGCAUGUUUAGCGGGUAUGAGGUGACUGUAUGUGCAUAUCAUUUGAGAUGCAACACAUAAGUUGCUACCUGUAGCACUUAUGCUUUUUUUUAAUCAAAGUCCAAUUAGGAUUUGAUUUAUUAGUUACUAGUUAAAAUGAAUUUCAUUGGGACGAAUGAUGCUUCCCUUGGUCAUAGACUUGGUCUGGAUUUUGUGUGUAUGAAUGAUUUUAUCUUGUCAAAUUGUUCCAAUGAUCCUGAGUAGUUUAUUAGACUUGUCUCUGUCUUAGAAUUUUUGGGGAAUGUAGUGCAGAAUGCUACAUUUAUGAACAUCAUUUCUGAUGCUUCUCCUAAUUCGUUGUAUCCACGCCACUUUCUUGUAGCUUUUACAUUUCCAUGCAUCUUAAUUGUAUUUAUUUUAAAGAGAUGCAUUGUUAUAUGUGGUGCACUGGUUACAACUGUUAUGAGCAAUAUAGUUGAAAAGCCAUAGGAACGAUUAUCUGUUGGUGGCCAAUUGAAUCAACAUGGUUAGACAUUUCUAUUCUUAUAUUGUUAUUUUUAUAUCAAGUCUUAAAGCAUCAUUCCUAGUUAUCAUUUUAGUUGUCGGUUUCAUAAAUUCUAAUUACAAACCUUUUUAAGUUUUAAGAUUGUAUAUCAACUUUCAGGCUUUCAACUUGGGUCUGCGAAACAUAUGGCAGAAUCAAUAAGUUAGAUGUAUGGUGCCGUAAGGCUGACUUCUGAAGCUAGAAGACUAGUUUUGCUGAAAACAACCCAGUGUAAUGCUAAAGCAAUAGGAUCAGGUUCUGAGGGAGCAGAAAGCAUCAGAAUUAAUGUAAUCUUAGAGAAUGCCUGCAGUGAGCAAAGGGCAAGGAUGUCUGCUAUGGACAGUACCAGUAGAAAUGAUGAAGACAUGCUUGAUCAUGUUACUCUUACCUAUAACAGGGAGCACAACGUGAGAAAGGUGUGUCUUCAAAUAAUGAGAAGCAACUCUAGAUGUCAAAAGUUUGGUUGGAUGAGUUUCUCCUGUUUCUUAAGAGCCUGUUGCAAUCCCCUUUUUGACUGGUGCAGAGAUGCCACAUGUUCAAGAGUCAUGAUAAUAAUGCCUCUUAGUUGAAUAACCACGUCUAGGACAUAUGAUUGUCUGCAAAAGAAAUGCAUACUACUGGUACGGGAAACACGACUAUUUAUCCUCUUGCAACCACCAAAUCCAUUGGCGCGGGCUUUCCAUUAUCAGGGCAACUCAUUACUGUUGCCCAAGUAUCCAUUUCAAGCUUUGAUAAUGUGCAUGGCAUGGUUAGCAUUUUCUUGAGUAUUGUGAGCUCCCCGCAUUAAUCAGCUGAUGUCCGAACUUAUUUCUGCUGUGCAGGUACACCAUUAUGAAGUAGGGAUAAGUUCUUCAUCAUCAUCGAAGUUUAUGAUUUUGUUGUUUAAUCAAUAGUUUAUUAGUUCAUCGUUUUGUAACGAAAUCCUAGAACUUAGUUACUUUUCUUGUAAGAUUUACAUUGGUCAGAACUCAAGAUUUUAGUCCUUUUUGUGUAAUUUGAACUCGAUGAAUCAAUGUAUGUUAAAUUGAAUGAUUA